UAGUCAUGCGCACUUUUCAGCGUUUGGUAUCGAUGAAUAUGCCAUUGAACUCAGACGGUACCGUUUGCUUCAACGCGACGUUGUUUGCGCUAGUUCGGACAAAUCUCAAAAUCUAUACAGGAAACGAGCGAGUUCUGUAAUUAUUCAACUUUUAUUUCAAGAAGGCAACAUCGACGAAGCGAAUGAGCAGCUCCGAUCAGCGAUUAAGCGAAUCUGGAAACGUACACCAGCAAAGAUGCUCGACGAGGUGGUUCCACCUGCAGGAAAGGAAGACGAUGUGACUGUGGGAAAAUUCUACGCGACGUUCUUAAUUCAGGAUUAUUUCCGUCGUUUCAAAAAGCGAAAAGAACUUGAGGCAAAAGGAAUUAUGCCAACACACACGCCGCAGGCGAUGGCACUUCAGGUUGAUUGUUGA